AUGUUUUUCUAUAUACUAUUUCUUGAGAUUGUGUAUGGUUCUCAACUAUACUCAAGUUCAAACGGUAGUAUAGAAACACAAAUCUUUAAGGGAUGUACUUACUCUGGUUCAAAUUUUGAUUAUGUUCUAUUUCAAUGCAUUUAGCACAAUGUAUUUGUUUCAAAGUUAGAAUUCACCCAUAAAAUAGUAAUACAUGAUUUUAAAGCAUAGAUAGCUAUACAUUCUAUUGAAAGAAAAGGUGAAAGUUAAUUAAGCAAUUACUUAGUUUGUGACCUCAUCACUAAUAAUGAAUAGUAUAUAUUAGAAAUUCGAAGGGUUUUAACUCUUGAACAAUCAAAUUUGAUUUAUUAGGAAUAUAAUCUUAUUUUUUAUGAACUUACCUAAAUAGAUUCUAUUCGUAUGAUGAUUUCUAUAUUAAAAAAAGAAGAAAACCAAAAAUAUAUAAUAGAAAUGCAUCAAAUGUUCCCUGGAAAAGUAAAUUAGUUUAGCAGCAUAUCAUACAAAUUCAAAUCAGAUGAUAAUGGCAGUAUUUUGGGAUUUUCAUAAUAUUACAACAAAAUUAGAAAUGCUUUGUUGCUAAUUGUACUGAAGUAGAAUUAGAUAAAAUUAAUCGAAUACUCUUUGUUUGAUAAACAAUUCAGAGAUGUAUCAACAUACAUUUUAUAUGAAUAUGAUAUUCCAUUGAAAUGGAAAAUAUAUAGCUCAGGCUAUAUCAUUAUAACUUAUGACCAAUUCUAAGUACUAUAUAGUAUUGGAGAAAUAUUAUAUGAAAUUUAACAAAUACAUAUAUUUGAUUCUCAACCACUAUAAAUGAUAAAAAAUUUUAAUGGAAUAGAUUCAAAUUAUAUAUUGUAACAAAAUAUGAAUGGAAUUAAAUUAUUUAUUAUUGAAGAAAUUUCUAACUUGUACUAAUAAAAAGUAGUUUAAGAGAUUUAAUAAUUUAAUGUAUCAUAUUCGAAUAUUGCAUUCUAUAUAGAUAAAGCUUAAUUAUUAUUAAUAUAUGAUCAUUUUGAAACUGAAUAUAUUAAUAUUGAUUAAUUUAAGAUGGAUAAAUUAGAAUCAUAUGUAUUAAAUGUUUCCAAAUUAUUAUCUUAGAAGAAUUAUUAAUCUAUCCAAUAUUAAUAGGAAUUUGAUUAAUAAUAUUAUUCAUAAUUAAAGUUUGAUAAACAACAAUCAGAAUAUUAAUUUCCUUGUGAUGUAAUAUACAAAUCUUUGAAUAUAUCAUUAAUACCUUAUAAAUCUGAAUGCAUUUUCGAAAGUUUGUAUAAUUAUUUUUUACAUGGUUGCAAAAAACUUAACAACUGCUAUUCUUGUAUGUCAUAGACUGGAUGUGAAUGGAUUGAGAAUUAAUGUUAAUCAGAAUAAAAUUAUGAAAGUUUAAGUUUAAAUUAAAUUAGAGAAAGUUCAAAAUGGUUUGUUAAAAAAAUAAUAAAAUGUGGUUAGGAAAUUGAUUAUAAUUAAACAUACUACGGAAAUAUUUCUAAAGGAACGGUAUUUACAUUAUUUUAUGAUGCUUAAAAAUAAUAAAAGUUUCAUUUGCUUUUUAAUUUGUAAGUAUAAGAAAAAAGAAAUAUAAAUUUUAUUUAGCAAAAUAUCUGUUUGGGAAAUGAUUCAGGAUAAUUGUGUAAUUAAAUAAAAAUUAAUGAUUAUGAAUCCUAAUUGAUAUUGAAAGGUAAAUAUUUCAGAGUAACUUUUGUAUUUUUGGAGGAUAUAAUAGUGAAUGAUCUUACAAUCACAGUUAGGUAGUAAAAUGUAUAAGAAGGUAUAGAUUAUUUGAAAUUAUGGAAACUAAUAAGUUUGUUAUCUGGAGUUAUUAUACUUUUUGCAAUUAUAAUCUAUAUAGCUAAUAGGAGGAUUAAUUAUUUAGUGUCUCUAACAUUUUAAAAUGGUUAAUAAAAUUUAGAUAAUGAAAGUCUAUCUAAUAUGAUGGAAAAUAUGAUAAAAGAAUAGGUUCUAAUAAAGCAGAGUUUUUAAAAACAAAUUUUAAGAUAUGAUGAUGAUAAGUGCCCUUUUUGUAUUGAAAAAUAUGAAAUUAAACAGGAAAUAAUUCAAAUAUUUUGUGGACAUACAUUUCAUUUAGAAUGUUUUGAAGAUUGGAUAAGAAUAAAUACAAAAUUAGUAAGAUGCCCAAUUUGUAAUUAAACGUAAUAUAUAUUUUUAUAUAUUUUAGAAUUGAAUAUUUUUUAAAGAACAAAGAAUAAUUUAAAAAAUCAAUCAAUGUUUGA